AUGGCAGCUCGGCGCGCGCUGAAAGCUGUCUUGGUGGAUCUCAGCGGCACACUUCACGUUGAAGACUCAGCUGUGCCAGGAGCUCAGGAAGCUCUUAAAAGGCUGCGCAAGGCUCCGGUUACCAUUCGAUUUGUGACGAACACAACGAAGGAAUGCAAGAGAGACCUGCUGGAGAGGCUGAUGAAACUGGGAUUUGACAUCACCGAAAAUGAGAUCUUCACAUCUCUGACAGCGGCCAGAAAUCUUCUGGAGGAAAAGCAGGUGCGGCCUCUCCUCUUGGUGGAUGAUAAGGCCCUGCCUGAUUUCACAG